UAUAUACUAAUUUGAUUAAAGUAAUAUAUAACUAAGUGUUUGUUCCAAAUCUUCUUUGUUUUUAUUACAAGCAAGGGAUAUUCCAAGAGAAUUCGGCCUCUUGAAUUAGAAAAUAAGAGUAGUCGGAAAAGAAUGUUUAGAACUGCCUUUAAGAGAUCCGGAAUGAGAACCAUUCAAUCAUCGUUCAUUCCUCGUCCACUUUUGAUUGGUGGAGGAGUUUUGGCUACUUUGGUUGGAGGACUUUACUGUUUUGAUUCACGUUCUGCUAUUCACGAAUUUGUAUUAUGUCCUAUAAUUAGAGCUUGCACAGAUGCUGAACAGGGUCAUAAAUUAGGAAUCUUUUGUAUGAAGUAUGGAUUGGUUCCUAAAUUAUUAGAUGAUCGUACAAACAACCCAAAGGAGUUAAAUGUUAAUGUGUGGGGUAAAAAAUUGAACAACCCAAUUGGUGUUGCUGCCGGUUUAGAUAAAGAAGGUGAAGCUAUCGACUCACUCUUUGAUUUGGGAUUUUCUUACGUUGAAAUUGGGUCAGUUACUCCUGAACCACAACCAGGUAACCCUCAACCAAGAUUUUUCAGAUUAUCAAGAGAUGAAGCCGUUAUUAAUAGAUAUGGCUUUAAUUCUUCUGGUCACUGGAAUGUUGUUGCUAGACUUAAGUUGAGAUUAAAUAAAUUGUUAGGGAAAUUCGAAACUUCCAAUUCUUCAGUUGAAGAACCUUUUGGAAAUUCAUUUCAAAAUGGUAAACUUUUAGCUGUUAAUUUGGGGAAAAAUAAGUUUGGUGAUGAAGUUGAAGACUAUGUUAAGGGGGUCCAUAGAUUGGGACCAUACGCAGACGUGUUGGUCAUUAACGUAUCCUCUCCAAAUACCCCAGGAUUAAGAGAUUUACAAAAUGAACUGAAGUUAACUAAUUUAUUGACCACUGUUGUUAAGGAAAGAAAUGCUUUAGGUACCAAUGCUUUAGGCUCUAAGCCGCCUGUUUUAGUUAAAGUUGCACCAGAUCUCUCAGAAAUAGAAAUUGAAUCAAUUGCUAACUCUGCCAAAUCUGCUAAAGUUGAUGGUAUAAUUAUUUCCAACACAACCAUUCAACGUCCACGCGAACGUCUUUUAACUACUGAUGAUGAACUUAUUUCUCAAACCGGUGGACUUUCUGGUGCUCCAUUAAAACCUUUGUCAUUGCAAGCACUUCGAUACCUUCGUAAAUAUACCAAGGAUUCAGAUUUGGUGUUAAUUGGAUGUGGUGGUAUUUCUUCAGGUAAAGAUGCUUUAGAAUUUGGUAAAGCUGGUGCAACUUUCAUUCAAUUAUAUACCGCAUUUGCUUACAAGGGACCAGGUUUACCUGCAAAAAUUAGAGAUGAAUUGACACUUGAAUUAAGAAAAGAAGGUAAGACUUGGGAACAAAUCAUUGGCGAAGAUGAUAAAUAGUCAAAUUUAGAAUGCAUCAAAUAGACAAUGUAUGACUUUUUCUC